AUGUGGAAAUACGGGUUCCGGCACAAAUUCCUCCGUGAAUACAACUGCUUGGGCGUGUUACAGGAAGUUACGUUUUGGCUGAUGAUCUUGGUCAUGCAGGUUGAGAGCACAACGACUUGCCUGUUGUCAUAUUUCCUGGUCGACCAAAGUCAGUUUCCCCUUGCUGCACAAGUAUUUCAGGCCACGCUGGUCGUACAAGCAUGUUGGGUCGGUUCGCUCUUCUGGCGUAUACUGGUGGUCGAAGCGAUUGAUACAGGUGCCCAUGUCGCCAAGCAUAAGCUGACGGCUCGAAAAGAAUUCCGUGAGAGUUCCCCGUCAAAGAAGGUUGCCACCAAUCGUGCCUCAGCCUUCUUGGAGCAUCUCAGGGUAGAAUCGGAGUUCGAGGCAACUCCCGCUGAUUUUGAGUCCAAGCUUUUUGCAGGGCGCAUCUUGUGGUGGCAUAGACUGGUGAUUGCGGCCUCAACCGUGACAGCCGCGUUGAUGCCGCUCUUGGCUGCCAAGUCCAGGCACGUCAUGUUCGCAGGCUUGUGUGAGGAGGACCACUUAGACUCAGACGACUUAACAGAUGCCAUGCAAAAGGCCUGUAAGAAAUGGAGAGAGGUUCCAACAGUGCCCCUGCUGGGAUGGAUCGACCUACCUCUUUGGGAAGUAGUGCGGCAUUUCUGUGUUGGUGGGAUUUGUGGACAACAGUGGUACAAGUUCAUGUCUGGCAUACUUCGAACAACGCAGAGCUUUCGUCAGAAUGCCAGCCGGCUGCUUGUCUUUCUUGCCAAAACUAAGCAAGCAAACAAGGAGUCGUGGAGCGCAAGAGAGAGGAGGCGACUCGCCAGUCUCAACAAAGAGAAUGAAGAGUAUAUGGCACAAGUCCUAGCUGAUGGUGGCAGUGACGUUGGCACAUUAGACCUUACCAAGUUGGAGGACGUCCAUACUUGGUGGAGAGUUCGGAGGUUCUUACAACUCGACUUUGUGGAUGAAUCGGCCGGCAUGGAUGUUGCUGCAACGACUACAGCGCUUCUGCUCUGGUCCAUCACGAUCGCAGGCGACUCGCCGGAGCAGUCAAAGGUGAACUCUUUGCUCGAAGCCUUGCAGGUAAAAGUCGAGGCCUUUGAUGAGCGAAAGCAGCGUCUGUUCGGCAUUACGAUCACUGCCAACUUGCGGAAUAGCUGGGUGGCGACGCUCUGUGCAACAGGUCUGACCACAGCGUGGCAGAUGUUCCGCCCAAAGGUGAAGGACCUUACCAUCGACAGAAUCCAGGAGAAGGGAAAAAUGUUGAAACUCGUUGCGUUGUUGUUCUUUGGGUGCCUUAUCCGUGGGCUCCAGUUACCUAUAUACUGGGCUACUGGGUUGCAUAUCGUAUGGUUACUAAACCUCCUACUUAGGGAACCGGAGCCUUAG